AUGGCAUCAUCUAGAAAAGAUUUAGGAGGAUUACCCAAUAAAUAUACUUAUAGUAAAUUUGGCUCUAGAUCCAAUCAAAAUAAAAAUCAAGAAGAUACAAACAAUAGAGGUAAUACCUACAGAAAUGACCAAAAGUUAUUUAAAGAUAACGACUACUCAAAUAACUAUGUUCACUCGGGUACCUUACCGACCAGAUACAUCCGAAAUAGCAAUAAUCCUUUAGAAGGUUAUCCAAAGCUCAAUAGGCUCCACCAACUUAAAAGAAAGCAGAUUCUUAAUCAUUCUACCAAGCCAUAUGGUGCAAGAGUAAGCAGCAGCGAAAUUAUUCCAACUCUAAACAAAUGGAUUGACACAUACGGUUUAAAAUUCGACGUUAUAAUGAUUGGCGCUCUUAUAGAAAACCAAUUUAUUUUACCACUUUUGAUGAAUUUACCGAUUCAUAAACUUUGCUCGAGACCGGGGUAUAUGUUCAUCUGGGCUACUACACAAAAAAUACAAGAGUUGACCAAAUUAUUAAACAAAGAUAGUUUUAACAAGAAGUUUAGAAGAUCAGAAGAGUUGAUUUUUCUUCCAUUGAAUAAAGAGUCGCCAUAUUACCCUUCAGAAGAUGACGCAUCUGGAAUUCCGUUACUCGAGAGGCAGCAGUGGCAUUGUUGGAUGUGCAUCACAGGUACUGUGAGAAGAUCAACCGAUAGUCACUUGAUUCACUGCAAUAUAGAUACAGAUUUACAAAUUGAAUCCGAACAAUCUGCAAGUAAUAACGUAGUGCCUGAUUCUUUAUACAGAGUGGCCGAAAAUUUCUCUAAUUCAAACAGACGUCUUCAUAUCAUUCCAACCAAAAUAGGAUACAAUUCUCCCAUAAAAUUGAGAUUGGGAUGGGUCAUAAUGAGUCCAGAUGUCCUCAUUGAUAAUUUCAAUCCUCGUGGACUAGAAGAAGAGCUAUUUUCAAAGUCUUUAGUGAGUUAUAAGAACAAUGUAAACAACCCACAGUUUUUGGUUCCGCAGACUGACGAAAUAGAAGAAUUGCGACCCAAAAGUCCAGUUGCAUCAAAAUCUUGA